AUGGACGAGUUCUGCGUGCGUCUCCUUUCGUUCUUCGAGCGAGGCACAGACGGCAAGCCUGGCCGCUGGCCUCACCCGGCUCUGUCGCCCGAGGACAUGGCGGGCGCCGGCUUCCGACUCCAGGGCAGCCAGGCAAAGCUCGGCGACAACGUCAUUUGUGACUUUUGCAGGCUUCAGGCUUGGAAGUGGGAGACCAAGGACGACCCCUACCAUCAACAUCAAGAAGCAUCGCCCAAGUGCGGAUACGUGACCUCCGACAUCUUCAAGGAACACCACGACGUCUUCCUCCAGAAACAGCCUGACGUGAAGGGAGUCGUCCAAUGGCCACUGAGUCCCCCGCCUACCCCGACCAAAAGGUCUUGCAAGCCGCGCCGUCGGAUGGGUUUGUCUCCCAUCAUGACGGUCUGUGAGAGCACGCCUUUCAAACAGGAGACCAAGUCGGUGAAGUUGCAGGACCAGUCUCAGACAUCGACCAUAUCCGUAACGGCCGGAUGUGUUGAGGUAUUCAUUCGGGUCUAUGACCAGGGCGGGCGUGGUAAGUUCCCUGCCUUAAUUAUAGAUUUCGAAUGGCCAGAGCUAACAUCGAGACAGACGCCAAGAGAAUUCGCCUUGAGUAGGCACGACGCUGGCAAGAUACUCCGACACAAUCGUCAGCUGUAA